AUGACAAGAGAAGAAAGAACUUGUGAAAUGUGCGAUGAAACCGAAGUCCAUUCUAGAUGUGAAGAUUGUGAUCAGAACAUGUGCAAAAAUUGCCAUGACUACUACUUGAAAAACACGACGUUCAAAAAACAUAAAAUAGAAGAUAACAAAAACAAGGAAGUAUCUGAAGACGAACGGAUAUCAAAAGACAUUGAAUGUGAUAAACAUACAAAACAAUUAUCUUUAUAUUGUAAGUCUUGCAAUUUGCCAAUUUGUGAAGAAUGUAAAACAUCCGACCAUGCCUGUCACAAAACAGAAAAAAUAGACAUUGUUAUCAAAGCCAUGAAAUCAACCUUGAAGACUUCGAUAAUAAGCCUUAAAUCAAAGAUACCAUUUCUUGACAACAUUGUAGAAAAUGCGAAGUCCGAGGAAAAUAAAUAUUGGAAAGAUAUCAGACAAAUGCAGGCAGAAGUUCGGAGUGUAGCUUCCUCCCUAAAGGACCUAGUAUCCAUGAAGUCAACAUUGAACACUACUUUGGGAAGUCUCAAUUCAAAGAUACCCUUUCUUGACAACGUCAUAUACAAUGCAAAGACAGAGGAAAAUAGAUAUGGUCAAGAUAUUCAUCAAAUAAAAGGUGAACUUGAUAUCAUGAUAGAAAAGUUAGAAACCUUGGAAACAUUUGCAUAUGCUGAUAAGCACACAUUUGAAACCUACAUUGAAGAGGUUAAACAAAAUCGGCUCUCUAUAAUCAGAUUAAUCGAAAGUAUUGAAGCUACCAUUAAAUUUGGUAAAACGACUGAAGUAGUUAGAUUAUGCAGUGUUUUAGGCACAGAUAUACAUAUGUAUACCGAAGAAUAUCCCUGCUCUGAGUUGAAAUUAUAUUUACCUAUGUUUAAACCAGGAAUAUUGAGAGAUCAUCAGAUACAUGAUUCUUUUGGCACAAUUGAACGGGAUAAUAUCAUCAAUGUUUUACUGAAACCUCAAUUUCCAUGUCAUCAAAUUCAUCGCAGUCUAGUUAUUAAACAUUUGCCGAAAAAAUCCCGUUUUCAGAGCAAAACUGGGCAAAAUUAUACUAGUAUAGUGGCAGUAGGCGAUUUUCACGUGUGUGUCACAAAUUUGCUUUCUACAAAAAGCUAUGCAUAUUAUGGAAGUAUUGGCCAUAUACUUAUUUUGGAUACGGCUGGAGAAUCAAAACAAGUAAUAUCACGCAGUAUGGGAAACAAGUUUUAUAUUAUUGGGGUGAACGCACGUACAUGCUUUUUGUGGAAUAGUGAUAAAAUUGAAAGUAUACAAAUGCAAACAGAAGAAAAAUUCGCAACAACAAUUACGCUAUGGGAAAAUGACAUACAAGGUCUAUCUCCGGAGGGUCGUGGUUGUAUAAUGGUCAAUGGAAAUAUGUUGGGUCUUUUAAAAGAAAAGUUCUAUGAAGUUGAAAAAACUGGGAAAACUGUACGAACAUUUACUUCUGAUGCAAUAUCUCAAUUAGCCAACUCUCAGCCAAGCUGCAUUUUAUGUACCAAGACAAAAAUGAUCUUAGUUGGAUACAAUCAUACAAUUUUAGCAAUAACAUUGUCUGGAGAUAUACGAUAUACACAUACGUUUAAAGGUUCAAACAUUAAUUCCAUGUGCAAUGACCGUCAUGGAAACGUAUUUAUGGCUGAUUCAAGUAAUCAUCACAUUUGCAUGUUGACGUCUGAUGGUCAUUUUAUUCGUAGUGUGUUGAACUCCGAAAAUGGCAUCACAACACCUUCGUGUUUGACCAUCGAUGGAAGAGGAAAUCUAUGGAUACUAACGACUCAGAAUAAAACAAUACAUGAUAUCGUAGUGUUUUCGUAUUUGUAG